AUGAAGGCUGGUCUUUUCACCAUUGCGGCGCUCGCUGCGUCCGCCACUGCCCAGGUCCACCGUGCCCACCGUAACUUGCACAAGAAGCGCGAUGUUGUUACCGCAUACGAAUACGCCACCGUAACCGCACCUCAGGUCGUCGUCUACGUCGAUGGCAAUGGCAACCCGGUCUCUACAGGCACUCCCGGCGGCGCUGCACCAACCGCCUAUCAGGCACCCGCACCCGCUAAGAGUGAGAGCCCGAUCCCUGCCGCAUACUCUGCGCCACCAAAGUACAACCCUUCCCCGGCCAAGAACAGCCCUGCUCCGCCGGCAUACAGCCCAGCGAAGUCCUCCGCUGCGCCAAGGCCUGCUCCUUAUGCCUCUGGUCUCGGUAUGGUGUACACUCCAUACACCGAUGCAGGUGGAUGCAAGGACGCCUCCCAGGUGAACGCCGAUUUCGAAAAGCUCGACGGCUACAACCUUUUCCGCAUCUACGGCACCGACUGCAACCAGGUGGAGAACGUGCUGUCCGCUGCCAAGGCCAAGAAGGCAAAGGUUUUCGCCGGAGUCUUCAACAUCGCUGAGGUUGAGAAGGAGAUUGCCAUCAUUGUCGAGGCUGCAAAGAACGACUGGUCUUCCAUCGACACUGUGUCUAUCGGCAACGAGCUUGUCAACCAGGGCACUCCAGCUGACAAGGUCGUCGCCGCCAUUGGUACCGCUCGCACUCUUUUGAAGGCUGCCGGCUACACUGGAAACGUUGUGACUGUUGACACUUUCGUCGCUAUGAUCGCCAACCCAUCAAUCUGCGAGGCAUCCGACUACGCCGCUGCCAACUGCCACGCCUUCUUCGAUGGCGGCCGCACCGCUGAGCAAGCCGGUGACUUUGUCCUUGAGCAGUCCAAGCGCGUCGCGGAUGCUUGCGGUGGCAAGCGUGUAGUCAUCACCGAGAGCGGCUGGCCAUGGCAGGGAAAUGCCAACGGCGCUGCUGUUCCCAGCAAGGAGAACCAACAGGCCGCCAUCGCAUCCCUCAAGAGCUCAUUCAGCAAGGAUCUUAUCCUUUUCACUGCCUUCGACGACCUUUGGAAGAAGGACACCGCCGACACCCAUGGAUGCGAGAAGUACUACGGUAUUCUCGGCCACUAG